AUGACGUUGAAAAGUUCCGACAACGAUAACACAAUUGCUGCUGACGAUCCUAACUCGAUUGCUGAUCUGUUUAAUACGUUUUUUGCUUCUGUAUUUCACCAAGACCAAACACACCCAGCAAACGAAACCACAAUCACUGAUGAAAACUGCCUAACAGAUAUUGAACUCACCGUAGAUGAUAUUCUCCCUUUACUACAUUCUUUAAAUGAACAUAAAGCUACCGGACCUGAUGGUAUUUCUAACAAGAUAUUGAAAGAAACUGCCGAACAAAUAGCCCCAUCUCUGUGCCUACUGUUCAAUCUCUCUUUACGAUCUGGUUCCCUUCCUGAUGACUGGAAGAUCAGCAACAUUUACCAGUGUUCAAAAAGGGGAAGCGUGAUCAUCAAACUAUCGACCUAUCUCUCUUUUGUCAAAUAUAUCAAAAGUUCUCCAACGUUCCGUACUAGUCAAAACAAGAGACCAUUUGCUUCACUAU